AUGAGUCAUCUUAAACGUGGUGACUGGAUCACGUUUGGCGGGAAGGCUGGUAUUGACUCGUUCAAGGACACUCACAUUGUGGAAUCGACGUUGAUCGUAACCCCUGUGCCUUGGAAAGGUCUCCAGCCUGGAACUCCUAGGACGAUCCGAAUCAACCCGAUAUCACCUCAGAUCUAA